AUGACAAAGGAAGCCGUCGUCGUCACCGGUGCCAACGGGUUCCUGGGCGCCCACGUUGUCCUCUCGCUCCUCGCAGCGGGGUACAUGGUGCACGCUACGGUGCGGAGCCGCUCUUCCGCCUCUGGCCUCCUACGGCGCUUCGAGAGCGAGGUGAGCGAGGGCUCCCUCAAGGUUUUCGAGGUGCCGGACCUCGCGGACCGAGAGGCCGUACGCGGCGCGUGUGAAGGAGCGCAGUAUGUGCUUCACACCGCCUCGCCCGUCCCGUCGCGCGAUAUGGCCGAUGCGGUCGCGACCAUCCUCGACCCGACGCUCGGCGCCAUCCGGACCAUUUUCGACGUCGCCUCGUCGCUGCACAUGCGUCGGGUGGUGCUGACCACAAGCCUAUCCAGCCACCUCCCAACACCCGGCGGCAGUGACGGUACAGCAACGACUACGACGACGACGAUCGACGAAACGAGCUGGAACGACAUGGACGAGACGAGGCUGCGCACGCUUCGCAAGCCAUUCGAAGUGUACAUGGGUUCCAAGACGGUCGUCGAGCGGCUCGCCUGGUCCCUCUCCCGCAGCACGGGGGUGGGUAUGACGACGGUAGCGCCCGUCUACAUCGCCGGCCCCACCGUGUGCGGCUCGCCGCUAAGGAGCUCCAACCUCGAGCUCGUACGCUUCCUCCGCGAUCCGGCGCGCUCGCGCAUCCCCGGCUGGGUCGAUGUCCGCGACGUCGCCGACGCCCAUCUUCUCGCCCUGCAGCGGGAGCAGGCGGCUGGAAGGAGGUUGCUCAUGUGCGCCCAUCCCACCCCCGCCUCCGAUUCCACUGGCGGCUUAGAGAUCGACACGUCCCUCGUUCACGACGUGCUCGGUCUCGAGUAUAGAGAGUGGAAGGUCACGGUGGCCGAGUUUGAGCAGCAGGUCAAGGCCUUUCGGGAGCAGCAGCAGCAGCAGGAGGGUGAGGGACGGGAUGAGGUCAAGGGAUGA